UUUUAUGAUACCCAUUAAACAGUGAUAGAAAAGUAUUUUUCUCACCCUCAGUAGUAUCUUAUGUUCAAUUUAAUGCGUUUCAAAGAAUUUUCUGCAAUUUUUAUUACUGCCAAAAUUUAGAUGCCCCGCCCCCCCAACUGGGAAAGCAUGAAUGCACAAUUUUGGCUUUUGUAAAAAUUGUGAUGCUAAGUUGAGGUGUCAUUUCUCAGCAUGACUCCUGGGUCCCAUUCCCACUGUACUAAAGAUUUCAAGGUGUGUCAGAUGCAUUUUAAUAGUAUACUUCUUAAAAAUAAAUGAGUCACUGUGACCGAGUCACGUUUUUGAGCUGCCUGGUGAUUUUACUAUGGCUACAAAACUAAAUGGGCCAUUUAUUCUCACUCAGAAAUAUUGUUUUAAAACUUCAACCAGGUAUUCGUUUUGAAUAUUCCUGAAAAGUCAUUAAGACUGUCAGCUCAGCUUUUAAAAGCUCUGCUCCUAGAUUUCUAUGCAGUACAGAAACAUAGGCCAUAUGCAUACAACCGCCACCUAGCGCCCAAAAACAAAUAUAAAUUUAAAUCGUGUCAGAAAAAGAAUACACAAAUAUAUGGAAAACAAAGUUGUAGGCAAUUUCAUAAAUACGCACUAAAGGACCACAGAUUAGUCUGCAGUUAAUUUCAGUAAUCACAAAGACAAUAAACAUUAGAAACACUUUCCCACGUAUGCAUUUGACAUACUUGUAAUUAUUCCCCGGCCGGGUAGAGGGCGGUCGAACUACAUCGUGACAGCGAAGAGGCCCCUCUUGUCAAACUCUCUUGCCUAUUUGCCAUGGAGACGAAAGACGCGUCCUUGUCGCGAUGUCAACUUCGAUUAGCUGAGCUGUCCAGAGCACCUGCGGACACGAUGUGCGGGCUGUGUGUCUUACUGACCUACUCCAUUUCAAAGAUUAUGCAAUAGUGCAUUUGUAACGUUUUGAAGUCAAUUUCCGAACGUUUGAAAUAAUGAAAUUUAAACAUGCGUUUAACGCUUUAAUGCAGCUUGCGAGAUACGCUGUCUAAAGAGAUUAUGGUUUCAUGGAGGAAGGAAGCUCUUCGUGGACUGGUCAGGACAUACCUGCUGCUUUCCAAGUUCAACAUCGAUCACUGGAAUCCUGUGCAAGGCUUGGCAUCAGACCCGUUGAACUUCUGUAUAAAUCGCUGUCCGAAUUCGUUGAAGAGCAGCGGGACGCCCCGAUGGCGUCAGUCACCGUGCUUUACGACGCAUACGAAAAGGAACGGCGACGGCGUGUGCGUCUCUACCGGGAUGAAAGUAAGAAAGUCAAAGAGGGAGACGGCAGUAAAUCAUCCUGUAAAAAUCCGUUUCUCGAGACUGUCCCCGAACAGAUCACGGAAAGACGGAGUUCAGAGUCCAAGAUCGAGAAAGCAGAUGUCGGUGGUACUUCAGUAGUGGAUAAAAGCCAAUUAAUGAGAGAACAGGACCCCAGUAACUUAGGGACUUCAGGUGGGACAUUAGCUGAUCUCAAAAACCAGUGUCUCAGUACAGAGUCUUGGGAUGCUAGUUCUCGUGAUAAACUUAGAAGUAGCUUCAGCCUGGGUGAGCAAAUGGAUUCUAUGAUGGUGAGCAGGAAGCUGGACAGACUGACAGCUGACAUCAGGAAGAAGACAAGCAUCACUGUGCCUCAGAAAGAUCUCAAAAUAGCGGCGCUGAUGCUACUCAAGCACAAGGAGGAGCAGCUGCGGCUGGCGAAGAUCCAGAAGGAGGGGCAGCUGCGGGAGCGGGCGCAAAGGCAGGAGGCCCUGCAAAGGGCACGAGUCGAGCAGCGCCAAUGCAAAGCACGGGAGCGCAAUGCCAGGCUCUGGCAGGUGGCCCUAGACGCCCGACGGAUGCAGCGAGAGAAGGAGGACCACCAGCGAACCAGCCAGCGGGAGCAGGAGGAGACACUGAACAAGGAGCGAUGGAGGCAGCUGGCUGAGGAGCAGCAGGCACAGAAGGGGCAGCGGUUUGAAGAGAACCGACGGGAGGAGCAGAAUCGCAAGCGCUACCAGGAGAGGUUGCUGGAGGAGCAGAGGCAGCAGGAGCAGCAUGGAAGGGAGCAGGAGAGUCAGCUAGCAUUGGACAGGGAGCUGAGGGCCAGUAGGAGUAAGCAGGCACGUGAGAGCAGGCAGCGAAGGCGGAUACAGCUGGAGAACCAGCAGCAGCGACUCCGGCACCUUUUCCUCAAGAGGGAGGUGGAACAGGAGACACAGGUGCAAGAGCUUCAAAGGAGGAGUGGCCUGGAGAAGAAGCUGAGGCGCUUUGAGGAAAACCAUGCACAGCGCCUGCAGGCACGAGAGCAGGAGCUGCGGAGGCGGGCUGUCCGGGGAGAGGAGUUCAUCCGAAAGGCCCGCCUCCGAGCUGGCUGGCGGGAGGCUCAGCAGGAGCAGCGCAGGCAGCUUUUGGCCCAGCUGGGGAAAUGGCGCAUGGAGCGUGCAGCUGAGCUGGUACGGGUGCAGCGCAGUGAGCAGACCCAGAAGACGCAGCGAGCCAACGCGGAGAGGGAGCGGGUACAUCGAGUGCUCCGAGAGAGGUUGCUCCAGGAGGAGGAGGGGCUGCAGCGCCAGCGGGAGGGAAACCUCAUCAGCAAGGAGCGGCGUUGGCAGCGGCUGCGGCGGGAGCGGGAAGCGGCAUUGGAGGUGGCCCGCCGCAUCGCCCGCACCUCCUCCAACAUGCGAGAGCGAAUCAAGGAGGAGGCUCACAGCCGCACAUUUGACCAGAUGGCCCUGGAGGCGCAGCUCACAGUCAGUUUGAGCCGAUGUAAGCUGUGAGAGUAUUAUAUACUACUAUAGUAUUAUUAUAGUAUUACUUUAUAGCACAAUUUUAUACUUCAUAUAUUUCAUAUGGUAGGUAAAAAAUUCUUCUGCACAGAUUUGUAUUUUUGUAUAUAUCACAUUUAUUUAAACUAUUUUCUGAGCUAAAUGACAGCAAGAUAUUUUUCAUUAGGUAUUUUUGUUUUGUAGAGCAGGGCCAUGCACAAACUAUAGAAUACAGAUUGUCGACCGGGGGAGGGGCUUUAACUAAAUUUGAUGGCUACUAAAAAGGGGGUCCUUCAAAAAGGGGGCAUUUUGUUUUGGGCAAAAGGAGUUGGUGCUCCGGCCCCCACAGCCCCCCCCCCUGCACAUCUGCUGUACAGAAGGUGCUUUUCACAUCAUUAAGGGGAAAAGGGGCGUCUCCCCUCCACUGAACUUCAGUACUGCACUGGGAUAUGAGUGAGGUGUGUGUGCCCCCUGGU